AGCAUGAUUUGACAGAAGCUAUCUAUAUAGUUUUAAAAUUUAAAGCCCAUUAAAGUCAAAGAGUAUAUAAGUAAUUAAAGUAUUCAAGCUACAAGCACAGAGUAUAUUGAAUAUACGGGCCAACGAGUACCUAUAUAAGAUAGCGACUUCAUUACUUGAUUUGCAUAGUUCUUAGCUAAUAGCUACGGUAUUGUCGAGUGGUGCAUAUAAUAUAUUGAAUAAAAUGGCAGAACCUAAAGCCGAUAUUGCCCUGAUAGGCUUAGCAGUGAUGGGUCAAAAUUUGAUUUUGAAUAUGGAUUCCAAAGGAUUCAUUGUUUGUGCCUUUAAUAGAACAGUGGAGAAGGUCGACCAAUUUCUUGCAAAUGAAGCAAAAGGUACAAAUAUAAUUGGUGCAAAAUCCUUGGAAGAUAUGGUGGCAAAACUAAAAAAGCCACGGAAAGUGAUGUUGUUAGUUAAAGCUGGGUUUGCUGUAGAUGAGUUUGUAAAGAAGUUAGUACCUUUACUUGAGAAGGGAGACAUAAUUAUCGAUGGAGGCAACUCACAGUACACAGAUACUCAACGCUGGUGUAAGGAGUUGGCUUCCACUGGAAUAUAUUAUAUUGGUAUGGGGGUUAGCGGUGGUGAAGACGGAGCUCGUUAUGGACCUUCUCUAAUGCCUGGAGGUCACCCAGCUGCGUGGCCCCAUGUGAAACCAAUCUUUCAGGCCAUAAGUGCAAAAGUAAAUGGUGAGCCGUGCUGCGACUGGGUCGGUGAAGACGGCGCCGGUCAUUUCGUAAAGAUGGUUCACAAUGGGAUUGAGUAUGGAGACAUGCAACUCAUCUGUGAAGCAUAUCAUAUUAUGAAGGAUGUGCUCGGUAUGGAACAGGACGAGAUGGCUCAAGUGUUCGAAGAAUGGAACAAGGGAGAACUGGAUUCAUUCCUUAUUGAAAUCACUCGUGACAUUUUGAAAUUCAAGGACUCUGAUGGAAAAUAUCUGCUACCAAAAAUUCGUGACUCUGCUGGUCAAAAGGGUACAGGAAAGUGGACCGGAAUCAGCGCUUUGGAGUAUGGAGUGCCUGUCACUCUAAUAGGGGAAGCUGUUUUUGCUCGUUGUCUCUCUGCUUUGAAAGAUGAACGAGUUACUGCAAGCAAGAGUCUGCCGGGUUCCAAUCUUAAGUUCACAGGCAAUAAGAAGGAGUUCCUUGAACACUUACGUAUGGCUUUGCUAGCUAGCAAGAUUAUUUCUUAUGCACAAGGUUUCAUGCUUCUCAGAGAAGCUGCUAAGGAUAAUAAAUGGAAUCUGAACUACGGAAGCGUAGCUCUCAUGUGGCGUGGAGGAUGUAUCAUUAGAAGUGUAUUUUUAGGGAAUAUUAAGGAUGCUUACACAAAGAACCCUCAGCUGUCCAAUCUUCUUCUGGAUCCGUACUUCAGCAAGCGUAUAAGUACCUGUCAACCAUCGUUAAGACAAGUAGUAGCUCAAGCGGCAUUACUUGGUGUGCCAGUUCCAGCAUUUAGUGCUGCUCUUGCUUUCUAUGAUGGUUACCGAGCAGAUAUGUUGCCGGCUAAUCUUUUGCAGGCACAAAGAGAUUACUUCGGUGCCCACACAUAUGAGUUAUUGACCAAGCCGGGUGACUUCAUUCACACUAAUUGGACCGGUCACGGAGGAAAUGUUUCUGCUUCCACUUACAAUAAGUAAAAUUGUUAUCCAGAACUCUAUUUAUUUGAAGACAUAAGUGAUAAAAUUAUAAAUACAUUUCUAAAGCAUUUUAAACUUUUUAAAUACAGGUUUUAUAAUAUACUUUUUAUAUAUAUAUGUAUAAGGAGUUCGACACCUAUGUUCCUUCGAGUGGGGUGAGGGGGGGGGGGAUUGUAAGUGUUAUAGAUCACGUCAGAACCCUCCAUUUGAGGGAACGCAGUUAGUAGUCGAACCUUUUGAAUAUUUUUUAAAAUUAUAUUUUUGAUUUAUAUUUUGCAGUUGCGUAUACAAUGUCGCAUACUCGCUUAUAAAGUAUUUACGAUAGUCUUUAUAUAUAAGUUUGUCUAUUUAGAAAUUAACCUUAACAUUAUUAUGUAAUUAACAUUAAAGUUAUCAUGUUUUUGAUGUUAUAGAUUAAAAAGAAAAUAUGUUAUAAACUUAUUUUUUUAUCUGCACAAAUAUUUAUUUCUUCCUAUUUUAGUGUGAUGGGUUUUAGCGAAAAGAAAACUUGUGUGCGUUCUGCAGUGGGACCAAAUUUAUGUUUAUACUAUUGUUUUUGACAACAUUGUAUAGAGAGAAUAAAUGGGUAUUGUUA